AUGCGUCGCCUCAUCUCCCGCGGCAUGAGCGCUUCUAGCCGUUCCUCUCCGGCUGCCUCGUCUCGAUCCUCCCUCCUCGCCUCCUCCAGAAUGACCUCCAACGGUCCCUCGUCGGUCGCUGCCAGGCGGAUACACGCCACGGCCAAGCAGCUCCAGCCCGCCACUGCCGCCCUGGCCUCGACCGCCACGAGCUAUCCCACCACACACGAGAAGCUCGAGGCCGUCGACACCCCAUACUUCAUUAACAAUGAAUUCGUCUCCUCAAAGACUGACAAGUUCAUUGAGCUGCACGACCCGGCCACCAACAACCUCGUCACCCGUGUCCCCCAGAUGACCGACGAGGAGAUGAAGGCGGCUGUUGCCAGCGCCGAGAAGGCCUUUGAGUCUUGGAAGAACACUACCGUGAUCUCGCGCCAGCAGAUCAUGUUCCGCUUCGUCCAGCUCAUCCGCGAGAACUGGGACCGCCUCGCCGCCAGCAUCACCCUCGAGCAGGGCAAGACCUUUGCUGACGCCAAGGGUGACGUCCUCCGUGGUCUCCAGGUCGCCGAGGCCGCCAUCGCCGCCCCCGAGCUGCUCAAGGGCGAGGUCCUCGAGGUGUCCAAGGACAUGGAGACCCGAACCUACCGUGAGCCUCUGGGCGUUACGGCUGCUAUCUGCCCCUUCAACUUCCCUGCUAUGAUUCCUCUUUGGUGUAUCCCCAUUGCCACCAUCACUGGCAACACACUUAUUCUCAAGCCCUCUGAGCGCGACCCUGGUGCCGCCAUGAUCCUUGCUGAGCUCGUCCAGAAGGCUGGCUUCCCCGAGGGUGUCGUCAACAUCAUUCACGGCGCCCACCGCACCGUCGACUUUAUCCUCGAUGAGCCCGCCAUCAAGGCCGUCAGCUUCGUUGGUGGCAACAAGGCGGGAGAGUACAUCUUCAGCCGCGGUUCUGCUAACGGCAAGCGUGUCCAGGCCAACCUGGGUGCCAAGAACCACGCUGCUGUCCUUCCUGAUGCCAACAAGAACCACUUCAUCAACAGCGUUGUUGGCGCCGCCUUUGGUGCUGCCGGUCAGCGCUGCAUGGCUCUGAGCACCCUCGUCAUGGUUGGUGAGACCAAGGAGUGGCUCAAUGAGGUCGCCGAGCGAGCUAGGGAGCUCAACGUCAACGGUGGCUUCGAGCAGGGUGCCGACCUCGGACCCGUCAUCUCUCCUCAGAGCAAGGAGCGCAUUGAGAGCCUCAUUGCCUCUGCCGAGAAGGAGGGUGCCACUAUCCUCCUCGAUGGCCGUGGCUUCAAGCCCAGCAAGUACCCCAACGGAAACUGGGUCGGCCCUACCAUCAUCUCCAACGUCACCCCUGAUAUGACCUGCUACAAGGAGGAGAUCUUUGGUCCCGUCCUGGUGUGCCUCAACGUCGACACCAUCGACGAUGCUAUUGAUCUGAUCAACAAGAACGAGUACGGCAACGGCACUGCCAUCUUCACCCGAUCUGGCGCCACUGGCGAGACCUUCCGCAAGCGCAUCGAGGCCGGUCAGGUGGGUAUCAACGUGCCCAUCCCUGUCCCUCUGCCCAUGUUCUCCUUCACCGGUAACAAGAAGAGUAUUGCUGGUGGCGGUGCCAACACCUUCUACGGCCGACCCGGUAUCAACUUCUACACUCAGCUCAAGACGGUGACUGCUCUGUGGCAGAGUGCUGAUGCUGUGGCUAAGAAGGCUGAUGUGGCCAUGCCUACUCAUCAAUAA